UUUUCUUCUCAAAGUGUAAUAACCAUAAUAUUUUCCAAGGUAUCUUUUGCUUUCUUCUUAACUACCAACAAUGUUUUUCUUUUAGAAAAAAUUGCUACAUAAACCUCACAUUACAUCAUUUUACUUCCCAUGACCCACUAACACUAAAUCUACCCCCAAAAAAAAAAUGCACAACAAGGUCGAUUCUUUACCGGUUCGAUCGAACCCAUCAACGCGACCCAUAUCCCGUCACCACUCGGCGAGUAACAUCGUUCAUCGGGUUAAAGAAAGCCUCACAACAAGAGUCUCUAAACUCAUAUGUGCCAUUUUCUUAUCUCUUUUACUAUGUUUAGGCAUUAUCACUUUCAUCUUAUGGAUCAGUCUACAACCACACCGACCACGCGUCCAUAUCCGCGGGUUCUCAAUCUCUGGUCUAUCCAGGCCCGACGGGUUCGAGACGUCACACAUAAGCUUCAAGAUAACGGCUCAUAACCCGAACCAAAACGUCGGCAUUUACUACGAUUCCAUGGAAGGAUCCGUUUACUACAAAGAGAAACGGAUCGGUUCGACUAAACUUACUAAUCCGUUUUACCAAGACCCAAAGAACACGAGCUCGAUCGACGGAGCCUUAAGUCGACCCGCAAUGGCCGUGAAUAAGGACCGUUGGAUGGAGAUGGAACGAGACAGGAACCAAGGGAAGAUAAUGUUCCGUUUGAAGGUAAGGUCCAUGAUACGUUUUAAGGUGUACACAUGGCAUAGUAAGAGUCACAAGAUGUACGCAAGCUGUUAUAUUGAGAUCGGUUGGGAUGGAAUGUUGUUGAGUGCGACUAAAGACAAGAGAUGUCCAGUUUAUUUCACUUGAUUUGAACAAAAGUGUAUGUGUCACCAACAUAAUUUACAUAGAUAUGUAUUAACAUUAUGAAAUUACAUUUUGUUUUUAAUGCUUACAAAAAAUUAUUGGAACAUUUUAUUGGUUUUCGUGUAUUGAAUUUGGUUGUAACUUGUAACAUUCGGCCUGAUGACCUCUACGAUAUUUGUUUUUGUUUUUACUAGCCAUUAUCUAUAUAUGACUCGACGUUAGUGUUCUUUUUUUGUUUUCGUUGACGGCC